AUGAGCAGUUGCACGAAAUUAAUGGUCGCCUUGGAGAAAAGCAUGGAGGAAGGACUGGCCAAAGAGACAGAAUUCCUAGACAUUCUGAGUGAUGGGAUGAAGCACGCUUCGAUUAUCCAAUUAACGCAUUUAGCAUCGACAGCCGCGGUGAAAAUGCUUCCGUCGUACGUUCGAGCAGUGCCGAAUGGGAAGGAAUGCGGAGAUUUUUUGGCGCUCGAUCUCGGAGGCACCAAUUUUCGGGUGCUUCUCAUUCGAUUGAGUGGCCGUGAAGCGGAAAUGACCGGCAAGAUUUUUCGAGUGCCUGAAAGCGUCAUGCGCGGAACGGGUGAAGCGCUAUUCGAUCAUAUCGCCGAAUGCAUGGCGAAAUUUAUGGUGGAACAAGGUGUGAGUGCCGCUCAGAAACUCCCCCUCGGGUUCACCUUCUCAUUCCCGUGCAAGCAAGAAGGAUUGACGUGUGCGAAGCUGAUCAAUUGGACAAAAGGCUUCAAUGCGAGCGAUGUGGAAGGCUCUGACGUCGUAACCAUGUUGAGAGAUGCCUGUAGGAGACGAAAAGACAUCGAUAUCGAUGUGGUAGCGGUUCUGAAUGACACCGUUGGCACUCUCAUGGCGUGCGCCUUCAAGGAAAACAGCUGCCAGGUUGGUGUGAUCGUUGGAACCGGCACCAAUGCUUGCUACAUGGAGAAAUUGUCCCGCAUCGGAAAACUACAAGGAGAAUUGCCUGAAGA